GUCCGCCCCCACCACCACGCGCCCACCCCCAAAACCCCCCGCAAACCCUAGCCGCCGCCAGCAAGGAAUGGCCGCCCUCCUGUGGCUCGCUCGACGAGCUUUGUUGUUCACUUUGGAUUCCGUGGCUUUGUUUCAGAUUCUUGAUUAGGAAGGCUCGGUUUUUUGUUUGGGAAGGGCCCCCUUCCGAGGCGAUGAAUUUGGUGCGGGUUGAUGGCGUCCUGUUAGGAGUCCGCUAUGCAAUGAUGGGUUCUUUGAAGCCGAGGUGAAUCUUUGACCUGCCUAGUUUCUGAUUCCAAAUUCUGAGCUCCCACCGCUUCUUGAUCCGCCGAGCGCCAUGGGCCUCUGCUAUGGCAAGUCGGCGGCGGUCCAGGAGCCGGCGGUAGCGGAGGAGAACAACAAAGCCGAUGGCGCGGCGGCGGGCCGAGGCGAUGGCCCACCAGCGUCGCCGGCGAAGGUGUCUCGGACGCCCAAGCAGCUCAAGUUGUCCUUCUACUUGCCGAGCCCGCUCCCGCCCUCCAGCUACAAGGGCUCGCCGGCAAACUCCAGCGUCGCGUCCACGCCGGCGCGCGAUGGGUUCAAGCGCCCGUUCCUGUCGCCGUCGCCUGCCAAGCACAUUCGUGCGCUGCUGGCGCGGCGCCACGGCUCGGUCAAGUCCAUCUCCGAGGGCGGCGAACCAGACCUUGGGCUGGACAAGAGCUUCGGCUACUCCAGGCACUUUGCGGCCAAGUACGACCUUGGUCGAGAGGUGGGGCGCGGCCACUUUGGCUUCACCUGUGCUGCCAAGUGCAAGAAGGGCGAGCUCAAGGGCGAGGACGUCGCCGUCAAGGUCAUUCCCAAGGCCAAGGCCGCACUUGAAGAAAUCUUAUAUCAGUUUGAGGAAAAACUCCAAGCUGAAAGAAAGGAAGCUGCUAGGAAGCAGGAAGAGUUGCAAGCACAACUACAAGCUCAACAUGUCGCACUUGAAGAAAACCAAAGUUUGCUGUGCCAGACCCCAGAGGAAGUGAAGGGGAUGCAUACCAAGUUUGAAGAGACCAAUGCACUGCUACGAGCUGUCCUGAAACUUCAGAAAGAUUGAGGUAGGGAUGCAUACCAAGUCUGAGGAUGAUGCCUUUGCUUAAGGGUUUUCUACCUUGCUAGAACAUAUCUGUGGUUAGAACUUUGUCAGAACUACGUGCAAUCUGUUUGAAUGCUUCAAACCUUUGUGGUGGAACCUUUGUAUGUUUGAACCUCUGUUGUGGAAGAACUAGUGUGCUGGAAUUGUGUAUGACUUGUGAUGAGAAUGUUGUGUAUGAUAGCUUUUCUGUGUAUUAUGAUUC